AUGGGGCUGGGUUCAAUCGCCUCUCGGGCUCUUCGAUCCAAUACACUCCGACCCGGACACACCAACCUCCUCCGCCGCUCCAUCGUCACCACCACUGAGCUCCGCAACGCCGAAGCUGCCCAAGCCCAGCCGGAAACCCCGCCGCCCGAUCUCCCACCCAGGACUCCCGUCGCUGGGGCCCGCGUCCACUUCCCCAAUCCUGAAGAUGCUAUCGAAGUCUUUGUUGAUGGAUACCCGGUGAAAAUCCCCAAGGGUAUGACAGUUCUUCAGGCCUGCGAGAUCGCCGGCGUGGACAUUCCGCGGUUUUGCUACCAUAGCCGUCUCUCUAUCGCCGGUAACUGCCGUAUGUGUCUCGUCGAGGUCGAAAAAUCCCCCAAGCCCGUCGCUUCUUGCGCCAUGCCAGCACUCCCUGGGAUGAAGAUUAAGACCGAUACACCUCUUGCAAAGAAAGCGCGAGAAGGUGUGAUGGAAUUCUUGCUGAUGAAUCACCCUUUGGAUUGCCCAAUCUGUGAUCAAGGUGGAGAAUGUGAUCUCCAAGAUCAGUCCAUGGCUUUUGGUUCUGAUCGGGGCCGUUUCACCGAGACAAAAAGAUCUGUGGUCGAUAAAAAUUUGGGCCCUCUGGUCAAGACUGUCAUGACUAGGUGUAUUCAGUGUACCAGAUGUGUCAGAUUUGCCACUGAAAUUGCUGGAGUUCAGGAUCUUGGCAUGUUGGGUCGUGGAAGUGGAGAAGAAAUUGGAACUUACGUUGAGAAGCUUAUGACAAGUGAACUAUCUGGAAACGUCAUUGAUAUUUGCCCUGUGGGUGCCUUGACUUCAAAACCAUUUGCGUUCAAAGCUCGCAAUUGGGAGUUGAAGGGAACAGAGAGCAUUGAUGUCACUGAUGCUGUUGGUUCAAACAUUAGAAUUGAUAGUAGAGGUCCAGAGGUUAUGCGUGUUGUGCCACGAUUGAAUGAGGAUAUCAAUGAGGAAUGGAUAUCGGACAAAACUCGCUUCUUUUAUGAUGGUCUAAAGAGGCAGAGACUGAAUGACCCCAUGAUUCGUGGUCCAGAUGGCCGCUUCAAGGCUGUGAGUUGGCGUGAUGCUCUUGCCGUGGUGGCUGAGGUCAUCCACCAAGUAAAAGCUGAUGAAAUUGUUGGGGUAGCUGGUAAGCUGUCCGAUGCAGAAUCCAUGAUGGCGUUGAAAGAUUUUUUGAAUAAAAUGGGGUCAAAUAAUGUUCUUUGUGAGGGUAAUGGUCCGAAUCCAAAUGCGGACUUGCGGUCUGGAUAUAUUAUGAAUACCAGCAUUAGUGGCUUAGAGAAUGCAGAUGUCUUCCUCUUGGUUGGCACCCAGCCAAGAGUAGAAGCUGCGAUGGUAAAUGCUAGAAUACGCAAAACUGUUCGAGCCACCCAAGCUAAGGUUGGUUAUGUUGGCCCAGCAACUGACUUAAACUAUGACCACGAGCAUCUUGGUACCGGCCCUCAAACUCUUUCUGAAAUUGCCAAGGGUAGUCACCCUUUCUCUUCAACCCUCAUGAAUGCUAAAAAUCCUUGUAUCAUUGUCGGUGCUGGUAUUUUUGAGCGUGAUGACAAGGAUGCUAUCUUCUCUGUUGUUGAGGCCAUUGCUGAACGUGCAAAGGCUGUUCGACCAGAUUGGAAUGGGAUGAAUGUAUUGCUGCUCAAUGCCGCUCAAGCUGCCGCCCUUGACCUUGGACUUGUUCCAGAAUCUGAUAAAGGCAUAGAAUCUUCUAAGUUUAUCUAUUUGAUGGGUGCCGAUGACGUGAACUUGGAGAAAAUUCCUGAGGAUGCCUUUGUGGUUUACCAAGGCCACCAUGGGGACCGCAGUGUCUAUCGAGCCAACGUGAUUCUCCCUGCAUCAGCCUUCUCUGAGAAAGAAGGUACCUAUGUGAAUACAGAAGGUUGUGCUCAAACUACUGUACCAGCAGUCCCCACAGUAGGUGAUGCUAGGGAUGACUGGAAAAUUGUUCGAGCUUUGUCCGAGGUGGCAGGUGUAAUUCUACCUUAUGAUUCCCUUAGUGCUAUCAGAUCUCGAAUGAAGACUGUUGCGCCAAAUCUAGUGAAUGUAGAUGAGAGAGAGCCAGCAACCUUUUCUUAUUCUUUGAAGCCUGAGUCGCAACAGAAAAUAAGCACAACUCCAUUUAAAGCGGCGGUGGAAAAUUUCUACAUGACUGAUCCCAUAACUAGGGCAUCCAAGGUCAUGGCCCAAUGCAGCGCCUUAUUGUCGAAAAAGUGA